GCUCACAGCCACUGAGAAAGGGAACUCAACAGAGGGCUCAGAAGACUGACAAACGGAACUCAACAGAAGACUCACAGACGAAUGACAAACUGGGCGCGUACGGCCGGUCAUGGAGCCCUCACCCCUGCUCCUGCUGCUCCCCGGGGCCAUGUUCCUGACCGAGACCUGGGCCGCGCAUCUCCUGCCUCUACCGGCCCGACUGAAGACCCUGGACGCGCGUCCUCCCCGCCACCAGGUCCCCACACGCUGAGAUAUUCCACCACGUCCGUGUCCGCACCGGGAGGCGAGGAGUCCUGGUACUUGGGCGUGGGCUACGUGGACGACACGGAGAUCCCGCGGGUCGUCAUGGACGCCUGGAGUCAAAGUCAAAAGUUGGCAGCGCCGUGGGAGAAGCCUUUAAGGGAGUUAGAAGGCGUGGAGCCGAAGGGUUAACAGUCUAAGGACUUCUACCUGCGGAAAAUCAGGCAACACGAACAGAGGAGCAGAGCGAACCUGAACAGGCUGCGCGCCCUCGACAACCAGAGCGAGGACGGUUUAAUCACCCUGGGUCCGGUCCCCCGGGUCGAAUCCAGGGCACCAUGACCGAGGCAACCUCGGGGCGGGGUCAGUGUCCCACACCCUCCAGGAAAUGACCAGCUGCGUCCUGGGAUCCGACGGGAACUUCCUCGGCGGGUUCAGCAAGUUCGCCUACGACGGCGCCGACAACGUGGUCCUGAACGAGGACCUGCGCUCCUGGACCACAACCGACCCGCUGGACAAGGAGACCCGAACUACUCCAAGGGGGAGAUUAGUGCACCUCCCUGCUGCCGAGCGAAAGAGGGUCGCCCUGGAGGACACCUGCGUGCACUGGCUUCGCUGGCUCCUGGAGGAGAGGAAGACAUUUCUCCAAGAAGACCCUCCAAAGACACACAUGACCCACCACCCCAUCUCUGACCAUGAGGUCACCCUGAGGUGCUGGGCCCUGGGCCUCUACCCUGCGGACAUCACCCUGACCUGGCAGCGUGAAGGGGAGGACCUGACCCAGAACAUGGAGCUUGUGGAGACCAGGCCUGCUGGGGACGGGACCUUCCAGAAGUGGGCAGCUGUGGUCGUGCCCCCUGGAGAGGAGCAGAGAUACCCAUGCCAUGUGCAGCACCAGGGGCUGUCUGAGCCCCUGGCCCUGAGAUGGGACCCCCCUCCUCAGACCACCGUCACCAUCAUCUUUGUGGGCAUCAGUGCUGCCCUGGGUCUCCUUGGAGCUGUGGUGGCUGGAGCUGUGCUGUGGAGGAGGAAGUGCUCAGGCAGAGGCAGGAAGAACUACACUCAGGCUGCCUUCAGUGACAGUGCCCAGGGCUCUGAUGCGUCUAUCACAGCUCCUAAUGGUGAGAUCCUGAGGGCAGGAAUUGGGGGGUUUGGGACUGAGAGACAAACUGGGUUUUCAGGAUUCUCAGGUGGGACAUUCUGAGCAUGAGGUGGGCUGUGGGGGAAUGUGACACUUCUGAGACUGACCUGAAUUUGUUCAUGACAAGUUUCUUUCCCAGCGUGACAGCUGCUUUCUACGGGACCUGCUGCUUAAAUAGUCAUUGUAGCCUCCCCUUGGGAUAUUAAGGAUCCAUGACUAUUGAUUCUGUGACCAGGAAUAGAACAUGCCUACAUUAUAUUGAAAUUGGCUAUAUAUUUAUAUACAUAAACUGAACAGAAGUGAUUUAGAUU